UUUUUUUGUUCUUCUUUCUCAUUUUAUUAAUCUCCUUUUUUCCUGCUGCCCAUCUCCGCGAGCUUACUCAUCCAUACUUUGUACGAGGACAGCAGAGAUAGUAUUCUCACCACUGCCGCAAUGCCCAUUCCCUCGCUAUUUACACCAAUUACGGUACCGGACGCCGACACAUGGACGCACUACUUGGAGACGCCUAAGGAGUAUCCUACCGAUAAACCCCUCUUUGUCGAUUGUGACUCUGGCAGAUCGUACUCUCUCAAUGACGUGAAGCGCCUGGCCCUCGAAUUCGGCAAGGGUCUCAGCCAUGUCUUGAAUUGGAAAAAGGGCCAUGUCAUGGGCCUCUUCACGCCCAACAACAUUGAUGUGCCGGUAGUCAACUUCGCCGUUCAUUGGGCGGGUGGCGUUGCGAGCCCUGCCAACCCCACGUACACUCCCGAGGAGCUGGCAAACCAGCUCCAGGAUUCUGGCGCAAAGGCGCUUAUUACGCAGAAGCCCUUCUUGGAGGUGGCUCGCAAGGCGGCAGCGCUGGCAGGCUUGCCUGUAGACAGGAUCUUGCUGCUGGGAGAUGGACGCGACGAGACUGGAGUUCACAGGCAUUGGACGGAUAUUACUGCCAGAGGGGCCAGUGUUCAGCCUCAGAAAGCAGCCAUCGACCCUAAGAAGGAUCUGGCCUAUCUCGUGUACAGUUCGGGAACUACUGGAUUGCCCAAGGGCGUGAUGCUCACCCAUUACAAUUUGGUUGCUCAAGCCAUGCAGAUGCGCCGCGAUGAGAGAGGCUUGAGUUAUGAUGUUGACUCUCAACUGGGCGUUCUUCCCUUUUUCCACAUCUACGGUUUGAUGGUCGUGCUGGGCACAUCCGUGAGCACCGGCGCCAAAUGCGUUGUCAUGUCCAAGUUCGACAUUGAAAAAGCCUGCAGACUCAUCCAAGACCACCGCCUCACCUUCAUGUACGUACCGCCGCCCAUCGUGCUCGCCCUGGGCAAGCACCCCGUCGUGUCAAAGUACGACUUGUCGUCGCUGCGUUGGAUCAACUCGGCCGCCGCGCCGCUGAGCAGGGAGCUGGCCGUUGCGGUCUGGGAUCGCCUGAAAGUCGGAGUCAAGCAGGGCUACGGCCUUUCUGAGACGUCCCCUGCAGUUAUGGUACAGCUGUCGGAAGAGUGGUGGAAGUUCCAGGGCUCUGUGGGAAGGCUGUUCCCGGGUAUGGAGGCUAAGAUUGUGGAUGAGGACGGUAAGGAGCUGGGCCGUAACGAGGCCGGCGAGCUUCUUCUCAAGGGACCAAACGUCUUCUCAGGCUACUGGAACAAGCCUGAGCUCAACAAAGAGACCUUUACCGAGGAUGGCUGGUACAGAACAGGAGACAUCUUCUACUGCUGUCCUCAAGGCCAAUUCUACAUUACAGAUCGAAAGAAGGAGCUCAUCAAGUACAAGGGCUUCCAAGUGCCACCCGCAGAGCUCGAAUCCAAGCUCCACGGCCGCGAAGACAUCGCCGACGUCUGCGUCAUCGGCGUCUGGGACAAGGUGCAGCACACCGAGAUCCCGCGCGCCUAUGUCGUGCUCAAGCCCGGCGUCGCAGAGACGGAGGCCAGGGCCAAAGACAUUAUUGAGUGGCUCAAUGCCAAGGUUGCGCCGCCCAAGAAGCUGCGCGGAGGCGUGCGCUUCAUCAAGGAGGUUCCCAAGUCGCAGGCGGGCAAGAUUCUGCGACGGGUGCUGAAGGAGCAGGCCAAGAAGGAGGAUGAGGCAGAGACGCCAAAGGCGAAGCUGUGAGUGGGUAGGGGGUUGAGCAAAAGCGGGCGUUGGAAGGGCUGUAUUGUAUACCUAUAUAUCGUGUAUUUUUAGUUUACUUCAAAUCUUACAUUUAAUUGUACAGUUUGGGUCGUGUAUGACCCUGUAGAUGCCCCAUCCAAUGUCUAC